CAACGAAUCAGCUGUUUCUCGUAUGUUUGUUUUCGAAAAUUUUAGUAUCUGUAAGUUCUGUGCGUUAAAUAAUUGAAGUUAGCUGCAAAUCAUGUAAAUAUCACUUAAGUAUUUCGAUAAACAUAAACAUAAUAGUUCUAGUACAAUGAAACACAAUCUUACUAUUGACAAUGCGCAAUUAUUUCUCUACGCACAACACGUACCCUAAUCCUUCGGUGACCUAACCUCUAAAUAAUCAACACAAUACAUUUAUCAUAUAUAUGCUAAUGAAAAUCUAAUAAAUUAUACUUCCAAUUGCGUCGAACACAGAGAGAAUGUGUUGUGAAUUUAAAUAAAGAUAUUAUUUUAUUUAUCAGGUGACAACAAUAAUCAUCUUUUUAUUUGUCACCAAUUCAUUGCUACCAAUAUGAUGCAUGUACAUACAUAUGCGAAUUACAUACACAUUACCAUAGAAUUUGUAUGCAUCGACAUGUAAAAAUAAAAGAUAAAUUAAUAAAAGGUAGAGAUGAGUACAUAUAAAAAUGCUUAGGUCAUCUUAACAGGAAAUGUUAGUAGAUACUGUUAUAGCUAAUAUUUAUUUAAAACCAUUGAGAAACAAUGAACCAUCAUGAAAUAUUAUUUAUGAAAAAAUAAAGUAAUAACACUCUUUGUAUAAAUGAUAAAGAUGAUUUUCAAUGUAAUAAAAUGUGUCAAUUGGAAUUUAUAUCGUCUCACAUGUAUGUAUGUACAUGUAUACAACAUAAUGUAAAUUGUAACAUUCGAAAAUGCACUAUUACAAUUUAAAUAAAUGAUAAUAUAUAAUUAAAUAUUUCUGUAUUUUACUUAUAACGUAUAACUUUUAAUGAAAUGUAAUUUUGUAUCAUUAGUUUUAAAAAUCAAGCGGGAAGUCAUCAACUUCAAAAUACUUCGCGAGCAAAGUCCAUAAUGGCGCGCUAAAUUUUUUAUUUAAAUAUUCUGACAAUAAUUUAUAUAUACUGUUUUGCCUUUAUUAAUAAUUAUAGUAUGUAGCAUAAGAUUUUGCAAGUUUUAAAUAAUUAGAAUGUCGUCUGGUUUAUAUUCGUUACAACGUUCAUGUCGAAAACAUCGUCAAUAUCAACAUGUGUAAUUGAAUCCUGAUAUUUUCAGUUUAACUAAAGUGUAUCAUUAUAUGCACAAAACUAAUUAAUUUUUAAGAUACUUAGAGUAUUGUAUGGUAUCUUUAAAAAUGGUGGACUUACAAGGACGGGACAAAGGAAAUAUAUCAUUGCCACUGAAAUUGCAAUCUUACGAAAAUGGAGUGGCAAAGGCUCAACCGACAAUUAUUAAUAUGCAAAAAGCAUUUUACGAUAUUCGAAUUGAAGAUAUUGAAAGUAGAAUAAAAAGAUUAAAUGAUCGAAAUGGUGAAUUAUCAGAAGAAGUUGAAACUACCAAUGAACAUCUGUUAACAGUGGAUGCAGAAACAGCUGAUGAAAUUGCAACUUUGUCUAAACAAGUUAAUUCGCAAAAUAAUAGGAUCGAUACAUUAAAAAAUAAUAUUAACAAAUUAGAAAAUGCUCGAAUACAAGACAAGGAAACUCAUAUUAAUGUCAUGCAAUUAUGCCAACAGAAAUACACGCAGAAGAAAUUAGUACUAGUUUCGCAAAUAAAAAUUUUGAAUGCAAAAAUUAAUAGUUUAGAUGAUUUUAAAAAAGUGCAAAACGCUUUGCAAGAAAAGUUGGAAGAAAAUAAGGAACGAAUGAUAAAAUAUGAGGAAGAAGUGAAAGACAUUCUGGAGGAAAUUAGACGGAAGUUCGAAUUUGAUCAAGAAAUGCUCAAGCUUGAAUUAUAUCAAUACCUUCUUGAUUUAGCAGCACACUUCCAGAUUGAAACUAAUAAAUUCAUAAGCCUCCCAAAUAAAAGAUUAAUGCGCGAAAAUAUAAUGUUACAGAAAGAGUUGUUACAAUUGUCUAAAGAAGUUACAGUCAAAAGAAAUAUUGGAACUGAUUACAAUACAUUUUGCAGAAAUACAUUUGCAAUACACAGAAAGAGCAUUACCACCAAAUGUUCCAAUACGAAACGUAAUAUAGUGACUUUCAAAGUACAAAAUUCAGUAUUGAAAGCUUUACAAAGCAAAUUCGAACAAAUGAGAGACCUUUUGUCUGAUAUUAAUGUUCCUGAUCCUACAACAGUAUCGAAACUAUUACUAACAAUCGAAAAUAUACGCUGGAAGGAACGAUCUACAGAAUUUCUUUUAUCAAAAGUACGCACUUUACUGCAUAAAGAGAAACUGAAAAUAAAUAUUGCAAAGUAUUUGCAAAGAAGGUUAGAGUGUAAAAUAAAAGCAGCCGUAGAGACACUUUACGACGUGAAAUACGCUGUAGCCCGUCUGCUCAAGUGCCCCACAAUUCAAACAAAUUAUCCUAAAUUGCUUUUAUGUUUCCAAUGUAAAGUUUCAAAAGGUCUAUUAAGAAUUCGAUGCAAUACGUUCAAAUCGAUUGAAAGUAUUCCACGAGAAACAGAAUGUCGCGCGGAAGAUGUAAAAGAUGUGCCUGAAGAUAUUGAUUUUGAAAUACUGACUCCGUCUGAAAAUUCAACACUGUCGUCUAGAGCAAUUUUAGAUAAAAUAACAUCAGAAAGUUCAAAAGAAGAGGAAAUUGAUAUAUCCACUGAAAGUAGUACACCUGGUAAAAAAAAAUUGGAUGAAAUUUUUGAUAUUAUGUUGUUAUCUGAUGAAGAGGAAUACGAAUUAGAUAACGAGACUGAUUCUUUAGAUGAGGAAGAACAAUCGCCUGUUAUUGCAGAAGGAUGA